CCACAAGAGUCCUGUCCAGCGCGACGAUUUUAGCUAGAUAACCAGGUUCUACAUACCAUUCUUUUUCAGUUUAUCAAUUACGUUAAAUGACAUUUCUAAUUUUUGAAGUGUAUUUAUAUGAUUUCAUAUUGAAGUGUAAUAAAUCUGUGUUCUUUGUUGAGUCUUGCUACUUUGAAUUACCUCUUGGUGAUUACAUAAAUUGAUACUUGGAAAUAUUUUAGUUUAAAGUUAUGCCCACCGAUUGUUUGAUGAAAUGCCACACUUAACAAGAAGGUGAGACAACAAUAUACUUUUGGGUUUUUUUUUAAUAUCUUUAUACUCUGUUCUGUUUUUUUGAACUGGUUCAUACUUGAGUCCUUUUUUCUGGUUUUGUUUUGGUUCACCAAGUGUUUGAUGAACUGAUUUUUUUUUGUAUUAUGCUCUGUUCUUUAUGCGUGAACUGCUUUAUACUUGAAUUGGUUUAUACUUGAACUGAUUUUUUUGGUUUUAUGCUCUGUUCUUUGGUUCACCAAGUGUUCUGUUUUUUUGAAGCCAUUAAACAAAUAUGUAUUCUGUUCUUGAAGCCAUUAAACAAAUAGGUAUUCUGUUCUUUGGUUCACCAAGUGUUCUGUUUUUGAAGCCUUUUUUGGUUUUAUGCUCUGUUCUUUGGUUCACCAAGUGUUCUGUUUUUUGACGAGGACUAUGAUAACAAUUCCUCAAGCUCUGAGGAUAUCAAUAACGACGAUGACCAUGAAAUGAGUGGUGAGGAGUCUGAUGAUGACAGUUAUUUUGAGCUGAGCAUGAGAGUAAUGAGGAGGAUCGUGACAUCGGUGGCAAAAACCUUAAAGGUGAUGAAACUGAAACAAUUUCAAGCGAACCUCACCGUAAGCGUGUUCGUGCAAUCCCUCGAGAGGAGUGGCCCAAGGAUGAAUCUGGACGAUGGAUUCUUCGCUGUGUUGGAAACGGGUGGGUUUCAUCACAACCGGUAGUAGAUGCUUUGAACGAUGCAAUUAUGAGCUCGUAUAGGGAUGCUUGGCCGAGUUGGACUUUGGUGCCUGAAGAUGUUAAGGCCAGAUGGUGGGAUUUUUUAAAGGAGCGAUGUACCUGGAAUCCCAUUCGUGCUGACACCAUGAAAAAAAUUGGAAACACAAGGGAUCAAAGCGUCUUUCUAGUUUGCUUUGCCAUGCAAGAGCUGCGAACAAAAGGCCAAAUUGGUGUGGAGAGGCUGCUUGAAAUGACUUAAAAACGUACUGGUCUACAAAAAAAUAUAAAAUAAUAUAUAAUUAGAAUUCGAAGAAUCGAGGUUCCGCUAAAGGGGGAGCACUCCACACCACUGCGUCUCACACCUCGAUGUAAUUGAGCAAAUGGUAUGAUUAGCAUUAAGAAAAUACUUAAUUAAAUUCUUUUAUUCCAUAUAUACUAUUCUUUGAGUAACUUUUGAGGCUUAUUAUGGAUGGUUGGGAAAUAACCUCUCUUUGUGUGUUUCUUAUUAUGGUCAAGCAUAUACUUGACCAGUCAUAUAUAUAAGAAUUGCAGCAAGUGUGAUCUGGAGGCUUAGACAACUGCCAAGUCUGGGAAAUAACAUCUCUGUGUUUCUUUAAUUUAAAUAAUCAUUGCUACGAGUACUUUGUUUCUUUAUUUUAUAUAGUCACUAUUCUUUGUUAAUCUUUAUUUUAAAUAGUAAAUAGAAACAACGUCCCAUGCAAGUGGAUGAGGUCUUUCUAAUCACUUGCCAGCAUAAGGAUGGAAGUUGGGUCGAUUCACGCUCCACGGAAACAUAUAAAAUAAAGGAGAUUGCUGAAACUGAAGAUGGCUCUAUAAGUGGCACACGUAAUAUCAACAACAGUAAAAAAUUAGCGGUUUGGCAAGAGACGGUUGGAGGAAAGUGCAAAGGAAAAGUGUAUGGGACGGCUCAAUUGUUCGUAUUACUCUAGGAUGGGUCAUGAAAUUAAAGUAUUAGUGAUUUUUAUGAAUUUUGUGACGAAUGACAUUAAAGUGUUUAUUAUGUUUAUGUUGUAUAUUUUAAAAUAUGUUUAAACUCCCAUCCCUUUCAAUAUGAAUGUUUUUGUUUAUAGGAAAUUUUUUAUUAAAUAAAUUGCGUGGGU